AUGGAGGAAAUGGAGGUGGUUUGGAGGAGACUGAAAUUGAACGACGAAGAGGAUUGUCCGAUAGAAAUUCAGAAGAGAUGGACUGGAGUGAUGCAAGGGAAAGAAGAUCGUAGUCUGAUUGGUAAAAUUGUUCUGGAAAGAAGGAUCGGGAAGGAUACAGCCAGAACUAUGAUGAAAAGAGUAUGGAAGGUAGGUAAGCCUCUGGAAUUUCAAGAGAUUGAUAGAAACUGUUAUGUAAUCACAUUUGCUUCCCGUAGAGAUAAAUUGAGAGUGAUGAGUGGUUGUCCAUGGUUGUUUGACAAUCACCUGUUUGUUUUAAAAGAUUUUGAUGGAGAAACUCAACCUAGCAUGAUAGAUUUUGAUCAUGCAUGCCUCUGGAUUCAGAUGUUGAAUCUACCACUGAGCUAUAUGAAUAAGACAAUUGGGGAAGUAAUAGGGAGAUCUAUGGGGGAGGUUGUGGAGGUUGAUGUACUGGAAGAUGGUUCAGGUUGGGGUAGAUGUCUGAGGGUGAAGGUUGAAUGUGAUCUGAAAAAACCUCUAGCCCAAGGAAGAACAAUUGUAGUGGAAGGGAAGAAAUUUUGGGUACCUUUUCAGUAUGAAAAGUUGCCGAGAAUGUGCUUUAAAUGUGGGAGAAUAGUCCAUGAAAAGGAUGGUUGUAAGGAGACUGCUGAAAGCUCUGGCCAGUAUGGUGUUUGGCUUAGAGCUAUACCUCAAUCAAGGAAGAAUUCAGUACAGAAAGGGGAACAAAAAGAAAAAGAAAAAAGAGAGGAAAAGGAAGAGCAAGGGAGUCAAAAUUUGAAUAUAGUGGAGGAAGAUGGGGUGAAGGGGAUGAUAGUAAGAUGGUCUCGAGGUGGAAAAGGAGAACUAGAGCUAGGCCUGAGUCAGGAGAUUGAAGAGUUUAGUGAGGUGAUGGUGGAUGGUAAAAGGUUCAAGGGUAUUUCUGAGAUGGUUUGUGAUGAAAACAGACCAGGGGUGGUGGCUGCUGAGCAGCACCACCCAGCAUUAUGA